AUGGAAAUUAUCCUUGCUAUUAACGCGGGGUCGAGCUCUGUCAAAAUCUCGGUCUACUUGGCCGAGGCCAAGCAGUCACCCCACCAGAUUGCAGAGACAUCUAUCAGUGGUCUGACGGCCCCACCGGCUCAGGUUUCUUACACCCGCGGCGGUGUCGAGGUCAAGAAGAACGAGGAUCUGGAGGACAAGGUGUCGACACAGGAUGAUGCUUUCAAGGUGCUCCUUAAGAUCCUGAUCGAUGACCGGGAACUGCCCGAGAUCAAGCAAAAGGCUGACAUUGCCUUGACCUGCCAUCGCAUCGUGCAUGGAGGCGAUUACCCUUGCUCUCAAGUCAUCACCCAGGACACCUAUCACCACCUAGAGGAGCUCAGCGACCUUGCCCCGCUGCAUAACGGCCCGGCCCUUGAUAUCGUAAACUCGUGUGUGGAGCAGCUGCCCGACGCUGUCAACGUUGCAUGCUUUGACACACAGUUUCACUCCACCAUUCCCGAGCAUGUCCGCACAUACCCCAUCAACCAAGAAAUUGCCAAAAAGAAUCACCUGAGAAAGUUUGGGUUCCAUGGCGUCAGCUAUUCCUUCAUCACUCGAUCCGUCGCCGAGUUCCUCGGUAAAGACAUCAAAGACCUGAACAUCAUCGCUCUUCACCUGGGGAGUGGUGCGAGUGCUUGCGCCAUCCGAAACGGUCAGAGUUGGGAUACUAGCAUGGGAUUGACUCCCGUGGCAGGCUUGCCCGGAGCCACGAGAAGUGGGAGUGUAGAUCCGAGUCUCGUCUUCCACUACGCGAGCGAUGUCGGAAAGCUUUCCCCUAAUUCAACGUCGAAGCUGCAUCUUACCGAGGCUGAAGAGAUUCUCAACAAACAAAGCGGAUGGAAGGCCCUGACAGGAACGACCAAUUUUGGCGUCAUUGCUUCUUCGGAUGAGCCUACACACAAACUCGCUUUCGAAAUUUUUGUCGACAGAAUAUGCGCCUUCGUCGGUUCUUACUUUGUCGCCCUUCACGGCGAUGUGGAUGCAUUGGUCUUCGCAGGUGGCAUCGGCGAGAAGAGCGAUAAGCUGCGGAAACGCGUCGUAGAGCAGUGUACCUGCCUGGGUUUCACUAUCGAUGACGAUCUCAACAGCAAGAAAAUCGUUGAGGCGGUGCAGGAAGUAGGUAAAAACAGAGCCAAGUGCCGCACGCUGGUCUGCCAAACAGAUGAACAGUACGAGAUGGCGAGGCUCUGCACCCAAAAGGAGGAACUCUGGAAGCAGGCGUAG